AUGGCAGCAGAACGCAGUUUCCCUGACAGCCUCAUUGACGAAGACCCUGAGAAAGCACUAGAGGAACUAAACAAAGCACUGCAAGAAGAGAAAGACAAUGCUGAGUGGUUGUGCCAGCGUGCCUAUGCCCACAUUCUGCUGAAAAACUACAGCUGUUCGGCUGAUGAUGCCAGAAAAGCACAACAACUACAACCCAAUCUUUCACUGGCUUUUUUGCGCACAGGAAUAGCAGAGUACCACUUGAAGAACUUGGAGCCAGCACACGCAGCCUUCAUUCAGGGACAGCAGCUCGACGUUUCAGACAAAACCUUCGAGGUCUGGAUCAAGCGUUGUGAAGAAAAAAUGGCUGAAGAAAAACAGAACGGCGAAGCACAUAAGCAACAGGCAGCAGCACGUGUAAUAAAACACGACUGGUACCAAACAGAUUCCCAGGUUAUUGUCACGGUGAUGGUGAAAAACGUUCCAGAGGAUGGUUUGUUUGUCAUCUUCAAGGAAAGAGAGCUCUCGGCCACUGUACGACUUGCUUCAGGGGACAACUACAACCUCAAUCUUAACCUCCUUCAUCCAAUCGUCCCUCAACAAAGCAACUUCAAGAUCCUUUCCACUAAGGUGGAGAUCAAGAUGAAAAAGGCCGAUGCCAUCAGAUGGGAGAAGCUGGAGGGAGAAGGACAGGACUCCAACAUCAAACACUUCAAUCCCCACGAGUACCCGUCGUCGUCCACCUUCAGUCAGAAAUGGGACAAAAUGGUGGUGGACCUCAGCGAAGAGGAGAAGAGUGAGAAGCUGGAAGGAGACGCAGCCCUGAACCAGCUCUUCCAGCAGAUCUACACCGACGGCUCAGACGAGGUCAAGCGAGCCAUGAACAAGUCCUUUAUGGAAUCGGGCGGGACAGUCCUCAGCACCAACUGGACAGAUGUCGGAAAAAGAAAAGUUGAUAUGACUCCUCCAGACGACUGCACCUGA